GGCGGUUGUGUUUUAAGGCGCGGGUAAUUUUUCGAUUUUUAAUGAAAUUUGUGUUACAUUUCAUAGCUUAAACGAUAAAGUUGUGUCUUUAAAUGUGAUUCUUACGUGUAAAAUUGCCUUAAAUAAUUGAACCUAAAAUUAGUGCAGCUUUAUUACAUACGACAUUUCGAUCAAUAAGUUUAAACCGGUGCAUUACAAACGAAUAUUCAUCGAAUCGCGUCUAUUUUUGUGCAAAGUGAAUUCAAUAUAGGUACCGCAUUAAAUUCAGUUGCAUGGCAGAAAAAGCAGCCACUUCAAAUCCAGUUACCAGAAAUUGUCAUUGUAUUCAUCGAGUUGUUUAACCGAAAUCUUAUCUAAUCAACGAGGAGCUAUUCACAAUUACCACAGUCUAAACAUUCCGCUUGCAAACAGCGUAUAUAACUGAAUGAUGUUGCACUAUAACUCAAUGAGACGAAGUACAGCGAAGUGUCCAACUGCUAAACGAAGUCAGUCAACCACAGAUAGCGUUAGAUUAUCAUCAAUCGAAGGAUUGGCCUACAAUAUGCGAUCCUGCCAACAGUGUUCAGUAUUCAUAGUUUUAGUCACCUUAGUAGCCUUAAUUGGUAUUGUUUCUCCCAACCCAGUGCAGACGACCACGCAAGCUGAGAUAUAUCUAUCACAAUUUGGUUAUCUGCCUGCAUCAGCCCGUAAUCCUGCAAACGGCGGUUUACUUGAUGCAACCACAUGGACUAAAGCUGUGCAAGAUUUCCAGAGUUUUGCUGGCUUAAAUGUAACCGGAGACUUGGAUGGAGAAACUUUGGAGCUAAUGUCAUUGCCACGGUGUGGUGUUAGGGAUAAGGUGGGAUUUGGCACCGAUAGUCGUUCUAAGCGAUACGCUUUACAGGGAAGCAGGUGGCGUGUUAAGGCUUUGACAUAUAAAAUUUCUAAAUAUCCUAAACGACUCAAACGUAACGAUGUUGACGCCGAAAUAGCACGUGCUUUCAGUGUAUGGAGCGAUUUCACAGAUUUAUCAUUUACUCCGAAGGCUUCUGGACCAGUUCACAUAGAAAUUAAAUUCGUUGAAAGCGAACAUGGGGAUGGUGACGCAUUUGAUGGGGUCGGUGGUACCUUGGCUCACGCAUUCUUUCCUGUCUUUGGCGGUGACGCACAUUUUGAUGAUGCUGAGUUAUGGACAAUUGGAUCACCUCGUGGCACAAACCUUUUCCAAGUUGCAGCCCACGAAUUUGGCCAUUCAUUGGGCUUGUCUCACUCAGAUGUGCGUUCUGCUUUGAUGGCUCCAUUUUAUCGUGGAUUUGACCCCGUAUUUAAACUUGACUCCGACGACGUUCUAGCUAUUCAAGCUCUGUAUGGUAAGAAAACUGUUGGAGUAGCUGAUCGUGGUGGUUUCCCAAAAACUACCCAAAGACCAGUGAUUUCAGCACCAAAAGUUCCACGGGACGACCUCAUUUGCAAAGAUCCAAAAGUUGACACUUUAUUUAAUUCGGCCGAUGGACAAACAUAUGCAUUCAAAGGAAACAAAUAUUACAGGCUUACUGAAAACUCCAUUGCAGACGGUUAUCCCAAACUUAUAUCGGAUGGCUGGGCGGGUUUACCUGGCGAUAUAGAUGCAGCAUUUACAUACAAAAAUGGCAAGACAUACUUCUUCAAGGGUACCAAAUAUUGGCGUUACAAUGGACGACAAAUGGAUGGUGAUUAUCCAAAGGAAAUUAGUGAAGGAUUUACAGGAAUACCAGAUCAUUUGGAUGCUGCUAUGGUUUGGGGAGGUAAUGGCAAAAUUUACUUCUACAAGGGUAGUAAAUUUUGGCGCUUCGACCCACUAAAGCGGCCGCCAGUUAAAUCAAGUUAUCCAAAACCCAUCUCAAAUUGGGAAGGCCUGCCAAAUAAUAUUGAUGCUGCAUUGCAGUACACCAAUGGCUAUACAUACUUUUUCAAGGGUGAUAAAUACUACAGAUUCAACGACAGAACAUUUUCGGUCGACGCGGCAAAUCCGCCAUUCCCUCGACCAUCUGCCCACUGGUGGUUCGGAUGCAAAAAUGUGCCGUCAUCAACAGAAUAAUGAGUGAGGUUCCAGCCUAAUAUCAAAUCAUCAAGUAGUAAAAAGAGACAGCAUGCACCAUAUACGAGUACAUUACAAUUCAUCAAUGCCCAUCUAUCCGUCUGUCUGCAUAUAUGCGAACUAGUUCUCCAGUCUCGCUCUGAGAUUUUGCACACGAUCUUUCCUGCCAAUUAAGCCGCUCACUUGCCGUAACCCUCAAAUCGGACCACGAUAGCAUACAUACAUCUGUCAUACAAACUGAACGAUUAAAAUCAAGUUCUUUAACAGAAGACUUUUUUAACAAACGGCGAACCUUCACGAAACUCAGUAUGGACUAUUGACCAAGGUAGUGAACUAAUAUUGACGACAUUUUCCAGAUCGGACCACUAUACCAUGUAGCAUCAUGUAGCUAUCAUUAAAACUGAACGAUCAAAAUCAGGUUCUUCUAUUGAAACUUUUUUAUUUGUGAAGAGUAGUUACAUUUUUUAAAAUUUUUUAUACAUUAAACAUUAUAAAAUUAGUACCUUCCUGAUUGCAGACAACGUAGAAGAAUUGUUAACUUGUAGUAAUCGUUAUAUGUCGAAUAGAUAGGAAUACGGGUCAUAAGCACGUGUAAAGAUAUGUUCAAUGGCAUUUAAUAUGGUAGUUGAAUAGUAGUAAAAUAUUACUUUUCAUUUAUCUGAUAUUUUAAAUCCUCAUGCGAAGUAUACAUGUACAUACAUAUAUAUCUAUAUCUAUAUAUGUAUGCAUAUAAAAGAAAGUCGUGUUAGUUACACCAUUUAUAACUCAAGAACAGCUGAACCGAUUUAGCUGAAAAUUGGUGGGAGGUAGCUUAGGACCAGGGUAAGGACAUAGGAUACUUUUUAUCUCUUUAUGUUCAAAUUCAAUACUAUUCAUAAAUACAAAAAUUAUAUUAUAAAUCAUAAGCAUUUGUUCAAAAUUCAUGUAAGAAUCCUUUGAAAAUUAUUGGUUGACCUAAAAAUGCAAUAUCUUCUUAACUAAUUCUCAUAAACUUAAUAAUAGAAGUCAUAUAGAUGGUAUUAGUAGUACUAACUAUGUAUCAGCCACAGCAAAACGUGGACGUGUCCUCUAGUACGUAUAUAAAAAUUGAUUUUAUUUAAGUGUUGAGGUGCAAAUAGUCAUCCAGUAUCAUUUAAAACUUCGUAGUUAUUGAAAAACGUGCAUGGUUAAGCUAAAAAUGUUGCUGUAAAAAUACUACUAGAUACAUACUUAUGUUCAUACAUGUACAUAUACAUAUGUAUGUACAUACCAGAGAACUGCUACAAGUAAUAAAUUUUUAUUCAUAAUCGAGUAUUGAUCCGUUAUUCUGUCUAAUUCUGCCAGUUCGAUUCAUGUACACGAAUCGAACCGGUUGUCUUCAAAUAGAGAACAACUUUGAAUCAGCGGUUAGCUUAUACUCGUACAUGAUUUGUUUAUGAACGUUCGCAUUAGCAUUGUCACACAUGAUUCAAAUCAAUCCAGCAGAAAAUUUGCUGUACUCGUACUCGUAGCUUCCCCGCAGUUACACAUUCGUUCGAUUCAAGCAAUCGUCGCAAUUCUAUCAACUCACAUGAUACGAUUUGAAUCGACGUCAGCCAUACUGUUUACUCGAUCGUGAUUGCCGAAUAUCAGAUUGUUCAUGUCGCAUCAAAUCAGUUGACGCUGGUCGGUACUCGAACUGAUCAACAAUGUUGUCUAUGAUGAACUGAAUUGAUUUGAUUGCCUUUUUGGCAGUUUGUUCUGAUUUAAUCAUACUCGUUGCUGCUUUCUGGUACAUACUAUAUGAUACAUAUGUACGGAUUCAAAAAAGUGCAAAUAGUGUUUUCAUAAGUUCAAAAAAAUUACAUCUUGCAAUUAAAUAACGAUUAUUUAGUAAUAUCUUUUCUAUAUGCAAGUUUUUAUUCAUAUUUUCGGCAUGUCCGUUUGCUUUAUUGGGCAGUAGUAACUAAUUGAAACUUUAAUUAAUUACUAAUUUACUUAAAAUAAAUUGCAUAACAAAUGCAUGCUAUUUUUAUAUUGUUAAAGUUAUUAUAUAUAUAAAUGAAUGCCGAUUUUCACUGUUAUUUUAGUCGUAUUUUAUAUAUACAUAUAUAAGUAUGCUUAGUAAAUGUAUACAUAUGUAGGUACAUUCACAACUGUUUCCAUCCUUGAGGUUGCAAAUUGUUUAUGCACUCCGCACUGUACUUCUUAGUAAAUAACUUUGAUCGGUUAGGCACCGCAUUAUCUUGAGAUAGUUUUUAAAAAUGUAUGACAUCUAAAACACAUUUUGUUGAAUUUGG